AUGUUCGACAGGGGCGAGGAGUGGAACAUCUCUUUUGCAGGCUGUGGAUUCAGGAGCGUUUACUACCUGGGCGCUUUGAGCUGUCUCCUCCAGCAGGUCCCACAGCUGGUCCACGGAGCCUCCAAAAUCUGUGGAGCUUCAUCUGGUUGUCUUGUGGCUGCAGCUCUGACUGUUGGGAUUCCCAUUGAACAGAUUUGUGUGGAUGUGUUGACAGUGGCAAAAGAGGCCAGAAAACACACCCUGGGAGUUUUCCACCCGACCUUCAGUCUGCUGCGGGCGGCGCGGGACUCCCUGCUGGAGAAGCUCCCUGCAGACGCCCACCUGCGGGCCUCGGGAAAGCUCUGCGUGUCCCUCACCAGACUGGCUGACGGGAAGAACAUUUUGGUGUCAGAGUUUGACAGCAGAGAGGAGCUCAUUCAGGUUCUUAUGUGCAGCUGCUUUUUCCCUGUUUACUGUGGGUUCAUCGCUCCUUCAUACCGUGGAGUGCGCUACAUGGAUGGAGCCCUGAGCAACAACAUGCCCCUGUUUGAGCAGAGGAACACCAUCACUAUGGCCCCGUUCUCAGGCGAGAGCGACAUCUGCCCCAGAGAGGGGACGUUCAACUUCUUCGAGGUGCACUACGGCAACGUUAGCAUCCAGGUCAACACUGGAAAUGUGCAUCGGGUCUGUACAUCCUUCCUCCCUCCGACACUUGAGAAGCUGGCUGAGAUCUGCCACAACGGCUACAUGGAUGCUCUGCAUUUCCUGAGAGAGAGAGAUCUGCUUGGAACACAGCAUCUUCCCCCCGGUUUGGUGGUGGAGAGAGUCCAACCUUGCUGUGAGCUGGUGGAGUCGGCUCAAGCAGGGGAAUCGAUGAAGACACUGUUAAAUGGACAAAACCCUCAUGAGGAAGACCACUGGUGGCUGGACCUGAAGGUCAUAGAGAACCUCCCGCUUAGCUUCAAGAGAGUGCAUUUCCAGAGCAGCGCUGCAGCAGUGGGUCCUCCAGCCCUGACCUCAUAA